AUGUCAGGCUUGCGGGCGGAUAGUCCCAUUCGGUGGGCUGUGGGAAACUCAGGCGGCGUGGUCGCGGGAAAUACACGCAGCUACCAAAACGCAAGGAAGAUAAAGAGAGUCCACGAUACAUACCCAGGGCUGAGCGCCAUCAAGUCUACCAUUGGCAUCCAACCUCUUCCGAGACACCGCGAGCUUCAGACAGUCGUGUGUCUUCGGAACAAACUCAUAUGCAUGCGCACCGAGAUCAGCUACCCGAGCAGGUGUUCCUCGUUGGGUAUGUUCCGCUGUCGUACGGCAUCCGAGUUUUACUGCGGAUCCGUUGAUCCGUCCAACCUUGAGGACGUGCAAGAACAACGACUGGCAGAGUUUUCAUCCAACAUGCCAGUGGUCUUGACGACAAACGCGCAAACCGCGCUUCCUACGCAGGCCCGUGUUGUUUCUGCAACAAGGUCUUACGGGGUACCGUCUCCGGUUCCCGUUGCCUAUCAUGCGGGAAAAAGCUUGAAGACCCUGGACCCUGCAACUACCGCGUUGCUGGCUAGGCGCUACUGUACAGUCCUGCGAGUUUUCGGCAGACUGGCUGGUUUCGAUGUGCGUUUUUCUCUGUUGACCGAGCAAUUACUGGUCAAGGUGGGGACGGUGAAGUGGUUGCAGAUCGAGGCCAUUCCUCUUUUGUGCUCUGACGGCUUAGCACUGCUGAAUCCCUUGUUGCACAGAUCGCCGCAUCGCUGCCAUGCUGAAACCGUAUUAGCACCAUCGUCACUCUGUGUUUAG